UUGAGGUUUGUUUGAGUUGAUCAGUUCUCAUCUGUUGAACUAAAGGGACAUCUAUGGCCUACAAGGGACAACAUAUGACCAGAAGAAGAAACCCCCUCUUUGGACAUCUAUAUCUCUGUGCCCUUCAAGACAGCACAUUGUACAAAGUACAAAUUGAGAAUUUCAACCAAGCAUGGGCUGCGGAUUCCAUUUGUCAGAGAAUUUACGAUGAACUGAGGAUAGAUUUUGAGUUGGAUGAUAUCUGUUCUCCGUGUCCUCGACAAAAUGCGGGAUUCAGGGACAAGAUGCAGUUGAUGGAAAGCAUACUCAAGGUUGUUGAAGAGGAUAAUAAGAGAUUUCUUCUUCGACCUAGAGAAAGGAUUGAUAGAUUGAAGUGUGGUAUGAGAGUUUAUCCAUGGAAGGAGAUGCAUAUGUUGGCGCAAGGGCACUCCCAACAGAGUUCUUGGACUGACCAAGCUUUUCCCUCAAAGAAAAAGGUUGUUAAGAGACUAAAAGGUGAGUUCAUUCCCCGAAGAACAUGUACCUAUAUCAGUCAGCAUGAUCUUCACCAUGGAGAGAUGACUGUGAGGGAGACUCUUGAUUUCUCAGGGCGAUGCUUGGGAGUUGGAACAAGAUAUGAUCUCUUGGCAGAGUUGUCAAGAAGGGAAAAGGCAGCAGGAAUCAAGCCAGACCCUGAGAUUGAUGCAUUUAUGAAAGCCACAGCAGUGGCAGGCCAGAAGACCAGUAUAGUCACUGAUUACAUCCUCAAGAUACUUGGACUGAACAUUUGCGCUGAUGUUACGGUGGGUGAUGAAAUGAGAAGGGGCAUCUCUGGUGGACAAAAGGAGUGUGUAAUGACAGGUGAAAUGUUGGUUGGGCCAGCCAAAGCUCUAUUCAUGGAUGAGAUAUCAACAGGCCUGGAUAGCUCCACAACGUUCCAGAUUGUCAGGUUCAUGAAACAGAUGGUCCACAUUAUGGAUGUAACUAUGAUAAUAUCUCUUCUGCAACCUGCACCAGAAACCGUUGAACUUUUUGAUGAUAUCAUCUUGCUUUCAGAAGGGCAGAUAGUUUACCAAGGUCCAAGAGAAAACGUGCUUGAAUUCUUUCAAAGUGUAGGCUUCAAAUGCCCUCAAAGAAAAGGACUUGCUGAUUUCUUGCAAGAAAAGCUUGCUGAUGAACUUAGAGUUUCUUAUGAUAAAUCCACAACUCAUCCUGCUGCUUUGGUAAAAGAAAAGUAUGGAAUCUCAAACUGGGAACUCUUCAAGGCAUGCUUUGCUAGGGAGUGGCUAUUGAUGAAGCGCAACUCUUUUCUUUAUAUCUUCAAGACAACUCAAAUCACCAUAAUAUCAAUAAUUGCUUUCACAGUGUUUCUAAGGACAAAAAUGAAGGCUGGUGAUAUAACAUCUGGAGGAAAAUUUUAUGGGGCACUGUUCUUCAGUCUCAUAAAUGUUAUGUUUAACAGGAUGGCUGAGCUUGCACUGACCAUAUUCAGGCUUCCUGUAUUUUUUAAGCAGAGGGAUUUCUUGUUUUCUCCAGCAUGGGCUUUUGCCUUACCAAUUUGGGUCCUCAGUAUCCCUCUCUCAUUUCUGGAGUCAGGGAUAUGGAUCCUUCUCGCAUAUUCUCACAUAUUACCCAAUUGGGUUCACCCCAUCUUCUGCUAGUUCCUGGCUUUGUUUGGGAUUCACCAGAUGUCUCUCUUCCUUUUCCGUUUCAUUGCUGCUUUAGAAAGAACACAAGUUGUAGCAAACACACAUGGUACAUUUACAUUGCUGAUUGUUUUUGUCCUUGGUGGAUUUGUUGCUUCCAAAGGUUAAUAGUUUUUGUUUGCAGGGCAUUUAAAUUUCUC